GAGCCGAUUGCCGAGCUGGACUUUUCCUCGUUUGCAGGAUCUGUGAUUGUUUUAUUAUAAGAAAGGAGCGAGCGGUUGAUGAAGGUACGAUCCACCUUAAACUGUGCUUCAAAACAAAAUGGCCGCAGCAGUCCAAGCGAUGAAAAGCAAAAGGCCACAUGAAGAUGAGGAAGCCGUAAAAGAAACCCGGGAGUCCAAAAAGAAAAGGAAACUCGCUGAAGGGAACACUUGUCGGAACCAGCACAGAACUACGGAGAAGAAACCCCGCCUGUCGACUGAAGCCUUUGGGGAAGAUUGCAAAAUCAGCUACGACCAACUGUACGAAUUCCUAAAAUAUGCUGCGCUGGGAAAAGGCCAAGCUGCUGCUCAGCCCAGAUGGUGCUGUAUUCGUCACCGAAGGCAUCUGGCUGGAACGGUGGUGGUGGUUCUUCACGAAGUGAGUCAGCUCCACUUCUACAGGUUUUACACGCAAUUCAAGCAUCUCCGCAAAACCUUCAGGCACCGAUUCUCUUUGCCACCAGUCUCUGGUUUUACCGAAAGGCUCUGGGGCGUAGGAAGCAACAACAAGUCACUGCUCAGCAGAGAAGAACUGAAGAAUGAUCCGGUAAUUCAGAAAUAUGGGGAAGAGAAGCGUGGGCUUUCCAGUUACAUUCUAACCCUGGAUGAGAUGCGUCGCCACAACUACCCUCUAGAAGGUGCCAGUGACUGCAGCCAUUUUGCUUCCCUUGGUCACAAGGUCCUGCUUUCGGAUAACAGCCCCCUCUUCGGACUCGACUGCGAAAUGUGUCUCACUGACAGAGGAUCCGAACUCACACGAAUCUCCGGUGCCAGCGGCCACUGCAUCAUGGAUGAGCUCGUAAAGCCCUCGUUGCCAAUAAGGAAUUACCUCACAAGGUUCUCUGGCAUCACCCACAAACUGCUUCGUUCAGUCACCACCAACCUCGCCCGGAAGCAUCCAGACUUCGGGCUGGCAAACGCCCUUCCUCCAUGCGUUUUAGUCGGUCAUUAGAUUAAUUUUGACCUCGAGGCUAUAGAAAUUAUGAUACACCCCUUUGUGAUAGACACAUCACUCCUGUUUGCCCGGAAGGGAGGAAAAAGAUUCAGGCUGAAAUUCCUAGCAGAAGCAGUUUUAGGGAAAGAAAUCCAGCGCACAGACCAAGAGGGUCACGAUCCAACCGAAGAUGCCCGAAGCGCCCUCGAACUGACCCAGUUUUUCAUUAACCGGGGACCUAGAAAGGUAGCAGAGCUGAACCUGGAAGCCCGGUUGCUGAGGCAGAGCCAAGCGGACAACUCCACGAAACCCACCUUGACAAAGCUAACCAACGGGAACCCAAAGUGGGUGAAGACCCCCGUCCAGUACUUUCUGGACAUCUUGCAGUCUCACGGCCAAACGACUCUGCUUCUGGGAGGACAGACGGACGCUUUCCCUGACAACAGCCAACACAAGCGAAUUCUCCAGCAAGCCUUGGAAGAGAUGCCAAAGUCGUCUUUCAGCGUCGUUCAGUUUCCUUCGGAUCGACUGCCCCUGACCUCCCACCUCGCUGCAGACCUCAGAGCAAACCUGCGGACUAAGCUGGCCGGCCUGCUGACGGUUUACGCGGGCCCGUUCGGAAAGGGCUGGUGCGUGGAAGCUUUGAAGAAGACCUUUGAGAACUACGGACAUAUUCGGUCAAUUAGAGUCGUCACAGAAACCUUGAAGCCCCACCUCUGUAUCCAGUACGAAGUCCUAGAGGCGGCUCAGCUUGCUAUAGAGAAUCUGGAUGGGGCGGAAGUGGCAGGAUCUCGUAUUAAGGUGCAAAGGCCCGUCACUGAAAUGACCCUGGAUUGCGAGGCCGUCCUGAGACAGCUGGAGACGGAUGUGGACAACGAAGGUGCGAUUUACGUGGCAGGACUGGAGGAGACCCACAGCGAGGCAGAUCUGCGAGAGCAGCUGGGUUUCGUGGGAGAUCCGAAGUCUGUCUUCUGGCCAAGGGAUCCCCAAAGUGGAAGACGGAGAAAUUACUGUUUUCUCAGGUUUCCAACGGUAGAAAGCGCCUCCGCAGCCCUUAAAAUCAUACAAAAGCAGGCCGCCAGGGGUGGAACAUUGUACAGCAGGGGUGUUUUGACACCGCCACAUCUCCACCAGUGGAUCUGCCAAGAGACUCAAAACAGCGGAUGGCCCACCGUUCCACAGCUGCCCUAUGAGGUGGGCCACCAACCAAAGGAACAGCUUCUUGCUUUGGAGCAAGACUUGAAGAGCGCGAUGCGGGCGCACGACCGCCGGAUAAAAAAGCUCUACGGAGCUUUGCCAGAGCGUGCGCUCUGCAUCAUUCUGUUACCAGGGACAGACAGAGUCCCCGUAUCGCUACCUGGCUUCGGCCUCCUUGCAGUCAAAGAUGACAGCGGCCCCGCGUAGCCGCCUCCCAUCCAGUCAUCCAGUUGGACGUCGCCCCACUUCCGCAAACGAUUCGACAAGAUCCAUUUCAGACUGGCAUGCUUCCCCCCUUUCCCUGCUAACAUUCGAAAAGGGGAAAUGAUUUCAGGAGAAGCCAGACCAGUUGCUAAGGCAGUCAACUUUUCUGCCACUUUCAGCUGCUCAGCUGGCCGCUCACCAAACGCUGUCGAGGAAAAGAAGCCAGCUUCAGAUUUGGGGUCCUGUGUGCGGGCUAGCGAUACAUGGAACAGUUUGACCCAGAAGGAAAUGGCGAGUUUGCAGUAGGUUUUCAAAGGACGCUGCGUUGGCAACCUCAAGGAAAACGCUGCCCCCCUGAGCAGGCCAGGGAAAAGCCCCUCCACAAAAGCUGCAUUGUGGGUAAAUGAGGUCUACCCACAGUUCCCCGCCUGUUCAGGCCCCCAUAAUUAACUUCUCUCAGAUGGCCCCCGUGUUUUCCACCACACGCGGUCUGGAGGCAACGGCACGCUUCAGAGAAAAAGAAGAGGAAAGAAAACACAGUCGCAUUUACCCUGAGGGAAAGGGAAUCUCUGAUUCAUGAAUUGUUGGUCCUUUUCCACACGCUUCGUAAAAGGAACGGCUUCAGCCCAAGAGCGCGAAGAAAGAGAGAGAAAGGCAGAGCCUGUGACUCAGGGAGCAAUGUGUGAAUACUUGAGAGUGUGUUAGGAAACCCACAUUAUGGUGAUCUUAACAUGACCGGCUGGCUGUAAAAGUCCUGGUGGGAGGGGGGAGCGCCUGCCUCUAUUUGCAGAAUGUUUUCCCUCGUGUUACAAUUUUAAAAAAACGGAUCUAGGCACGAAUCUUCUAGAAGCAACCACAGCAUCGUUUUAUGGGGAGAGAACCUCACUUCCAGCUGGAUGUAAUUUCAUAAAUAAAAGCAUGUUGGCUUUUA